GCUUCCCGCUGGUUUCCCUCGUGGUGUGUAAGGGCAGCGAGGAAAGGCGAGGGGUGUUGACUCCAGGAAGGUUCCAUCUUGGUUAAGGGCAGGAGUCCCUUACGGACUUGUCUGAGGAAAGGCAGGAAAGCGCCAGCAUCUCUACCUUUCCCGAAAGCCUCCCUUUGCCAGGCACAAAAGGUUUCCCAUGGGGCCGCCCCUGGCGCCGCGCCCGGCCCACGUACCCGGGGAGGCCGGGCCCCGGAGGACGAGGGAAAGCAGGCUGGGCGCCGUGAGCUUCGCGGACGUGGCCGUGGACUUCUCUCCCGAGGAGUGGGGCUGCCUGCGGCCAGCACAGAGGGCCCUGUACCGGGACGUGAUGCGGGAGACCUUCGGCCACCUGGGCGCGCUGGGAUUUUCAGGUCCCAAACCCGCUUUUAUCUCGUGGAUGGAAGGAGAAGUGGAGGCGUGGAGCCCGGAGGCCCAGGAUCCCUACCGUGAGAGCUCUGCAGCUUUCAGCAGGGGCCAAGGACAGGAAGCAGGAUCCAGGGAUGGGAAUGAGGAGAAGGAAAGGCUGAAGAAGUGUCCAAAACAAAAAGAGGUGGCGCAUGAAGUGGCUGUCAAGGAGUGGUGGCCCAGCGCCGCCUGCCCAGAGCUAUGCAACCCUAGGCAGAGCCCCAUGAAUCCCUGGCUCAAGGACACUCUGACCCGAAGACAGCCCCACUCUUGCCCAGACUGUGGCCGCAACUUCAGCUACCCUUCCCUCCUGGCCAGCCACCAGCGGGUCCACUCCGGGGAGCGACCCUUCUCCUGCGGCCAGUGUCGGGCGCGUUUCUCCCAGCGCAGGUACCUGCACCAGCAUCAGUUCAUCCACACCGGCGAGAAGCCCUACCCCUGCCCCGACUGCGGGCGCCGCUUCCGCCAGAGGGGUUCCUUGGCUAUCCACAGGCGGGCUCACACCGGGGAGAAGCCUUACGCGUGCUCAGACUGCAAGAGUCGCUUCAUUUACCCCUACCUGCUGGCCAUCCACCAGCGCAAGCACACGGGCGAGAAGCCCUACAGCUGCCCCGAUUGCAGCCUCCGUUUCGCCUACACCUCCCUGCUGGCCAUCCACAGGCGCACACGCACCGGCGAGAAGCCCUACCCCUGUCCUGACUGCGGCCGCCGCUUCACCUACUCUUCCCUCCUCCUCAGUCACCGGCGCAUUCACUCCGACAGCCGGCCCUUCCCCUGCGCGCAGUGUGGGGAAGGCUUCAAGCGCAAGACCGCCCUGGAAGCCCAUCGGUGGAUCCACCGCUCCUGCAGCGAGAGGCGCGCGUGGCAGCAGGCCGUGGUGGGGCGUUCAGAGCCCGUCCCUGUUUUGGGAGGCAAGGAUCCCCCAGUUCACUUCCGGCACUUUCCAGAUAUAUUUCAAGAGUGUGGGUGAUGGCGUUCACACAAACUGGUCAGCGUUUCCCUAGAGAGGAAGAGGCAAGGUUUGUGCAUUUGGGGGAUAAGGAAAGGAAGUGGGCGUUUGAGGAAAACAAAGUUCUGCCUUAGGAAAAAAGCAGAGGUAGGGGCACAGAGGGCUGUAGGGAGAAGGAGGCAGGAAUCUGAAAAGUUGCCUGGGGGUUGACCCCAUUUUCUGAAGCUCCAGCACACGUGUUCCAUGUCCCAUCCUUCACUGAAAACCAUUCACCUAACUGGCUUUUCCUUCAUGAUUGUUCUCUCCCUUGUAGCUCUCUACUUUUUGGCCUGUAUCUCUCCUACUAAUGAGAUGGGGUCCCCUACAUUCCGGUGCCUAUUAAAGGAGCCUGCACCCACUCUGGACCCCCUAGAAUAGAGGGGAUACCUCAGGCCUGUCCCUCGGCGGGUGGCGGGGGGAGCUCAUCCCAGGAUUCUUUUUUUUUUUUUUUUUGAGAUGGAGUCAUGCUCUGUCGCCCAGGCUGGAGUGCAGUGGCGUGAUCUCGGCUCACUACAACCUCUGCCUCCUGGGUUCAAGCAAUUCUCUGCCUCAGCCUUCCGAGUAGCUGGCAUGCGCCACCAGGCCCAGCUAAUUUUUGUACUGUUAGUAGAGACGGGAUUCCGCCAUCUUGGCCAGGCUGGUCUUGAAUUCCUGACCUCGUGAUCCAGCCGCCUCGGCCUCCCAAAGUGCUGGGAUUAUAAGUGUGAGCCACCGACCCCUGCCGAGGAUUCUGCCUUUUACCAAUGCAGGUGAAACAUCUGGCAAGGAGACACCUGGAGUGUAGAUGUUCCUUGGUCUUGAAGACCUAGAGGUGGCCAUAGAGAGGACAGUGGCCUCAGGUGGGGAACUCUCCCGCCCCACUCUCAUUCAGCAAGUGCACAAACUAUCAAACCUAAUGGACUGUGGAACUGGGCCAACUCUUCACUGUAUGCAUUAGUGAUUGCAGUGUUUUUUUCUUCUUCAGAUAUUUGCAUGUUCCCUGGAUUUUGUAUUUUUUGAUAAAGAUAUAUUCUUGGGCCACAGUAGCUGGAGAUAUAAUAUAAUGCUGGAGGGAGGAUUCUUUUUUUUUUUUUUUGAGACAGAGUCUGUCUGUCGCCCAGGCUGGAGUGCAGUGGCCCAAACUACGCUCACUGCAAGCUCCACCUCCCGGGUUCACGCCAUUCUCCUGCUUCAGCCUCCUGAGUAGCUGGAAUUAAAAGCACCCGCCACCACGCCUAAUUUUUUGUAUUUUUAGUAGAGACGGGGGUUUCACCGUGUUAGCCAGGAUGGUCUCGAUCUCCUGACCUCGUGAUCCUCCCGCCUCGGCCUCCCAAAGUGCUGGGAUUACGGGCGUGAGUCACUGCACCCGGCCUCUUUUUUUUUUUGAGAUGGAGUUUCGCUCUUGUUGCCCAGGCUGGAGUGCAAUGGCAUGAUCUUGGCUCACUGCAACCUCCACCUCCCAGGUUCAAGCAAUUCUCCUGCCCCAGCCUCUUGAGUAGCUGGGAUUACAGGCACCCACCACCAUGCCUGGCUAAUUGUAUUUUUACUAGAGACAGGUUUCACCAUGUUGGCCAGGCUGGUCUCCAAUUCCUGACCUCAGGUUAUCCACCCGACUUGGCCUCCCAAAGUGCUGGGAUUACAUUUUUUUUUAAAAAAAGAAAGAAUAAAUUAAUUGUGAUUAAAGUUGAAAUCAAGGCAUAGUCUUUCCAGUCUAAUUUUUACUGUAAUGCUUGUAUGUCAACAGUUAAGAAGGGCGGGUGCGGUGGCUCACGCCUGUAAUCCUAGCAGUUUGGGAGGCUGAGGAGGGUGGAUCACUUAAGGUGAAGAGUUCAAGACCAGCCUGGCCAAUAUGGUGAAACCCCAUCUCUACUAAAAAUACCAAAA